GUCGUCAAGGAAAACAUGUUUUUAUCUCCAGGGACAAAUGAUUCCUUUUCCUUUCCACACAAACCCUUGGAGAGCUGGAAAAAACACUUUGCAGGACCUCAGUCUGGAGCAGACAUGUACUCUUCUCCAAAGAAGCCACCUUGGGGUGAUGGGCCGUCUUUUUGUGGAGACAGUGAGCCACCUAACACAUCAGAGAAGAUUAAAGAAGAAGAGAGAUGUUGUCCACCUGCAGAAUCCAAAGACGAGGACAGACAAAGACAGAGUAAGAGAGUGAAGACCAGAACUGCCAAGGAAAUUGUCCAGUUCUGGCUCGGGAUAAAACCGGAGUCUUCACCAGAUACGGACCCUUCUUCAAAGAAGUUUAAACCUCCGAGAGCGUCUUCCAACCCUUCUGUUACCCACAAUGCACCUAGAAAGAGGACAGGAAGGGACAGAUUAGAAACCAUCGAAUGGAAGGACAGAAGGAACUGUCGAGUGGAGGAUAAAGUAAGUCUGGAACAGGUGAAGAGAGAAAGAGAGAAAAGGGAGGACGAAAAGAGACAGAGGAGGGAGCAGGAAGAGAGAGAGAGGAAGGAGAAGGAGAGAGAAAGACAAGUAAGGAGAGAAAGGGAGAAAAGGGAGGAUGAAAGGAGACAGAGGAGGGAGCAGGAAGAGAGAGAAAGAAAGGAGAAGGAGGAGAGAAUAAGACGAGAGAAGAAGAUGAGAGAAGGAGAGAGAGAGAGACAGGAGAGGGAGAAAGUGGAGGAAGAAAGACAGAGGAGGAUGGAGGAGAGAGGAAGACAGAAGAGGGAAAGGGAGGAGAGAGAGAUAGAGGAGAAGGAGAGGAAAGAAAGCGAUAAACGAGAGAGUAGAAGGAGAGAGAAGAGGGAGAGGAGGAGAAGUGCUGCUGUUCUCUCCAGGAUCCACCUCGGCUGGCUGCAGGGCCUGAAGGCUGCUCUCAGCCAGGACAUCGAGCUCAACAUCCUGCAGGAGAACUUCCUCCGACGAAGUGAGCCCAGUAAGAGGGCAGAGAUACGGAGGCUGCGUAACAGAAGGAGGGAGCAAUUCGAGCUAAGACGAGAAGUAGAAGAGAAGGUGAAGAAGGAGAAGAAGAAGCAAAAAUGGAGAGAGAGGAAGGAAAAAAAGAUGAUGAAGAAGAGGGACAGAGCUCAGAAUGGCCACAGAACCAAACAAGGUCCAUCAGACAUGUCCAGAGAAACCUAACCUCUGGUGUGACACACUGAAAAUAAAAAACUGUUAAAUAUCUUCAACAUUUGUCGCACUCAAA